CAACGAGUCUGUUGUCACCGGCUCAUCUGACCGUAAGUUAUAGCGAUACAGGAGUAGCGCGACACGUCCACAUUGUCGUUUUACAGAGGUGCUGAGUAGCCAGCCUGUGAAUUAUAGCAAAGAUGUUACUGACGCUGUUCGAGACUGGCAGUUCUCUCAUAGAUAAUGCAGUGGAAAAAGUCGGUGACAACUUGACAUCUAUGGCCCUUGUGACCACCGCUUUUAUUCUGAGCAUGGGAUAUCUUUCAAAAGCGGUUUACAAACAGUUCCAACCACAUGACAAAGAACUGAAAUACCCACCAUAUAUCCCAUCAAGUAUCCCUUUUCUCGGUCAUGCUAUAGCAUUUGGGAAGAGUCCGAUUGAAUUUCUUGAAAAUGCAUAUGAAAAGUAUGGGCCUGUUUUCAGUUUUACAAUGGUGGGCAAGACUUUUACAUACCUAUUAGGCAGUGAUGCAGCAACAUUGAUUUUCAACAGCAAAAAUGAAGAAUUAAAUGCAGAAGAUGUGUAUUCCCGGCUUACAACACCUGUUUUUGGCAAAGGAGUUGCUUAUGAUGUGCCUAACCCAAUCUUUUUGGAGCAGAAAAAAAUGUUAAAGACGGGAUUGAACAUUUCCCAGUUUAAACAACACAUUCCUAUGAUUGAAGAGGAAACCAAGGACUAUUUGAAACGCUGGGGGGACAGUGGGGAAAAAAACCUAUUCGAGGCCUUGUCUGAGCUCAUCAUUCUGACCGCUAGCCGCUGUUUGCACGGUAAGGAGAUCCGGGGCAUGCUGGAUGAGAAGGUUGCUCAGCUGUAUGCAGACUUGGAUGGAGGCUUUUCUCACGCUGCAUGGCUUCUCCCAGGAUGGCUUCCCCUGCCAAGUUUCAGGCGGAGGGAUAGAGCACACCUGGAAAUCAAAAACAUAUUUUACAAGGUUAUUGAGAAGCGCAGACAGACCGAGGAGAAAGAGGAUGACAUUCUGCAGACUCUAAUAGAUGCUACCUACAAGGACGGGAGGCCCCUGAAUGAUGAUGAGAUUGCUGGAAUGCUGAUUGGGCUGCUGCUGGCUGGACAGCACACCUCCUCCACUACUAGUGCUUGGCUGGGCUUCUUCCUGGCCAAAGACAAGCCUCUGCAGGACAGCUGCUACGCAGAACAGAAAGCAGUGUGUGGAGAAGAGCUGUCACCACUCGAGUUUGACCAGAUUAAGGAGCUAACCUUACUGGAUCGCUGCUUAAAAGAAACAUUAAGACUUCGCCCCCCCAUCAUGACCAUGAUGAGAAUGGCAAGGACUCCUCAAAAGGUCGUAGGUUACACAAUCCCUCCCGGUCACCAGGUGUGUGUGUCUCCUACUGUUAACCACAGACUGCAGGACACCUGGCUCCAGAGAUUGGAGUUCAACCCUGAUCGCUACCUACAUGAGAACCCAGCGGCAGGCGAGAAGUUUGCAUACAUACCAUUUGGGGCUGGUCGCCAUCGUUGUAUUGGUGAGAACUUUGCCUAUGUACAGAUCAAGACAAUUUGGUCCACAAUGCUGCGUUUGUAUGAAUUUGAUCUUGUGGAUGGAUACUUUCCAACAGUAAACUACACAACCAUGAUUCACACUCCAAAUAACCCUAUGAUAAGAUAUAAGAGGCGUGUACACUGACCAGCUCAGUGAAAGGCGGUUGCCAAAUGAAAUGACUCAUUUAUCCACACAUGAAAGGAUUUUUGGUGUACAGGUACACAUAGUGAAAUUAGAAAGUAAUUUUUUUUCAACUAAUAUGUGAUUACUUGAAUGAAUUUGUUUCCGUACAUGUAGUUUGAAAUUUGUCUGGUUGCAGUUCUGUGGCACAUGAAAAUAAUCUUCCAAGAUAAAUCGUUACAUUUGUAUGUUGUUUAAUACGUAUGUAACAUUUAAUAUUUGAUUUAUAUACAUACAGUUUAUAUAGGCAAGUGAAUACUCUAAAUAAAUAAGAUGCCUGCAAAAAUCUCUUGACUGUGAAUCAGCAACUAUAUAUUUACAUUGAAAUUGGUAAUUUCUGUUUUUUUCUGUGUCUUUCGCUUAUGUGAAAUGAGCAUCAAAUCUUUCGUGGAUGCUCUUUUCAUACUGGUGCCAUAACAAAAGCCCAAUUAUGGGAACAGCAGUUCACAAAUACUAGAGAUACAAUUGAAGUGUAGCGUUACGAACCCUUUGGGAAUGGAGGGUAUUCGUAAGUGUGAAAUGUCUAACUCAAUACAAGGAUACAGCACAGUAUAGCAAUACUUGUAUUAUGGCUUGAAAGGCUUUAAAAAUUGUACUAUAAAAGGGGGAAAUGCUAAAUUUAACGUACUAUUCAAAUUGUAACAGUAUCAUAAACAGAGAUUUAAAUGUCCAGGAAAAGCUGGGUUAAUGUAGUUCUUGUUUUUACAUUUUAAACAAAAUGCAUUUGUGCAGCUUGCUCAGUUGUAGAGUCCUUCGCUUUGUAUAAAACUAAAAUGUUCCUAGUAAAAUUUCCUAUACUUGCUUUGAAAUCUGCCUCACAUCUGAUUGGAUACAUUUGUUGUAAUUUUGCAUUUUCCACGACCAGCAUGCCACUUAUGGAGUGCUUUAUCAAAGCCUCAUCAUCUAUGUAUGAUACAUUUGUUUUUACUGCUCUACUGUCUUUCACUUCCUUUUGCACUGUUGGAUGUUUUUUCUUCGCCUGGUAUAAUAUGCUGACAUGAUACUGUUGUCAAGUUAAAACAAAUAUUUUUAGGUUUUCUUUCAAUUGAAAGUGCAAUACAUUUACUUAACAUUUCAAUAGGUCAUUGUUGUGCUUUUUUAAACUGGAUUUUGCUUGCACUGUAGGCAUGGUUGAGCGAUUGCAUACUUCCAGCUCAGACUGGUUAGUCCAUAAGUUUUGUAUUUGUAACUUUCAGGUUCUACUGUUUUAUGACUUAUAUGCCAAAAUCUACUGUAUGUAAACAUGCAUGGCAGGAUGCAUUAGUGUAAGGAAAGAGUUAAUGAACAGAUUAUAAUUACAAAACAAUGAUUCAGGGUGCAAGCUGUGCAACAUGCUGUUAUGUAGACAGUCUGUGCUGCUAGAAUAUUGUAUUGCCUGAGAAAAGGGGCAGUAAAAUGACCAUGACCUGACCUGGUGCAAGCAAAAUAUUGCUAACACCCACAAAUUAGCCUGCAACCAGCUUUGCACUUAAGAGUAUAGAAUAUAAAACAGCAGGGACUUGGAGGUGCAUUUAAGAUCCUCCAUGAACACACGUCAGUGCUGUGUUUGAUGCCUCCCAGAAAAUAGUAACAUAUCAAUGAUUGCUUAAUUUCUGCUAAUAACUAGUGGCCUCACUAUUGUAGCUUGUGAUGAUGAUUAAGCUGUACAAAUGUGACUUUUGAUUAUUGGAAUCAAUAAAGGAAAAAUCCAUUCUGCUUAAA